CUUCAAUUAUUAACAUAAAUGAAACCAUUUUUAAUUGAAUGGGCACCUCACUGUGGUUGGAUUUGUGUUGUAACUCAAGAUGAGACAACUGGAGAAGCAAAUGUCGCAUUUUCGGAUCAUUCAGGAUCUGUGCAAGAAAAGGGGCCAUCAAAACCAGGAUCAGUUUCUUGUGUAAGAUGGCAUCCAAAGAAACAAUUCGUGGUAGUAGGAUGGAAAGAUGGAGGAGUUUGUUUUAUUCCAAAAGGAGGGAAUGUUUCUCAUACUGUGGUCGAAACAUAUCCAUUUCCAAAUCAAGGAGUAGAUUGGAGCCACGACGGAACUGUUUUGAUGACGUUGCAUAAUCCAUCAUCAGUCCAUUUAUACUCCUACAUGGUAAUUGGAGAAGAAAUUUCCACUUCAAAUAUAAUGCAGAUUGAGCUGAACGAUCAAAUUACGUUAUGGUGUAAACGAUUGAGCUAUGACAAAUUCAAACCAAGUAAAAUUUCUGUAACGGAUGAUGACAGUGGAGUUGAUGAGUCACCGUUCGGUUCAAAAGAGUCACUGGCAGAAAGAAGAGAUGAAAAGAGUACUGUACCAAAGGGUACUGAGUUCUUAUUUGCAGGCAAAUCAGGUACCAUUUAUGGAGUGGAUAAUGACCGACAACGGACUAUUCAUAAGCUGGACUCGGAAAUCUUAUUCAUGGGAUACUGUGAGACAAUAUCGAUAAUUAUUGUAUUUACAAGAGAUUGCUUCAUUUUUCAUUUGGCCAAGGGAACAUCUGAAAUGCGAUGCGCAGAACGAGUAAAAGUGAAACUCGGAGGAAAAUCUGAAAAAUAUUCUUUGGAAUUGGAUGAUGGAAUACUGGUGAUGUGUUAUGGUGAAAAAGAAAUUCGAGUAUGGGACUUGAUAAAAGAGGAGAAUGGAACAAUUGCAUUAGAUGUAAACAAGGGAUUUCAACCAGAUGAGACAAUAAAUGUAGUCACAGUUAAUGGGAAAAGAGGUGUGAUAACUGCGGCAACGAGUCUCAAUAAUAUUGCUGAAUGGAAACGAAAACGAACUGAUACUAAUGUCGAGAGUGCUUGGAAUUUGAGUCCCAGCACGCAUGUCGAUAGCCAGGUUUCAUUAAUUCGUUGGAGUCCGAUACUGAGCACAGCUGCUUUAAUAACUGAAGAAGAUCUUGUCUUAAUUGGAGAAAACUCAUUGACAGUAAAAAUGCGUGGAAAAAUGGCGGCAAUUCAGACCAGUUCAAAUAGUUUCACUCUUUUACAUGCGACAAGUGGAGUCUCUCAAGAUUUGAAGUUGUCUAUUCCUUCUGCAAAAGGAAUUUGUCUCGGAGAGAAGCAACUUGUUGUUUGGAAUGAAGAUACGGUAGUCACUUAUGACGUACAAACAUCUCUUGCAACUAUCCAAUGCACAUCAUUUUCUUGUAACACAACUUCUGUUGCAAUUGUGAAUCAAAACUUGUAUUGCAUCGAAAAAGACAAAAUAUUUGCGAGGACUCUUCAAGGAACUCUUCGACAAGAAAUUUCCUUACCGGAAAUUGAAGGUGAUCCGGAAAUACUUGAAGUGAAUCGAUGUUGGAUGGCAGUUGCUACUACAAAUGGAUUCAUUCGAAUUUAUAACUUAAGCGCAAAAGAUGCCCAACAAGAACACAAUUCGAAAUACAUUAUCGAAAAUGUGAAGAAUUUUUAUAAAUUUCAUACAAUCCGAAUCAAUCAUACUGGAAAUAAAGUCGCUGUAUCUUAUUUAGAGGACGUGUCGACAGUUGCUGAACGCCUACUUGUCUACGACGCCGAACUCGAUGCAGUUUCUUAUUUCUCGUUUGAUCGUGGAAUGACAGAUACGCAAGAAUAUGAAACCCAAGCAGAACUUGCUCAUACAAGCAGUGGAAGACCUGUUACAGCAGCUGCACGGAAAAUGGCAAGAGAACAAUCAAGAUUUCAAAUGAUGAACCAUCGUCCUGGAGCUUUUGAAUGGGAUGAGAAUGAUGCAAGAUAUCUUGUAGUUGAAUGCAUACAUGUUGAACCUGAAUCAACCGAUCAAAGAGUUUUAACAGCAUUUGUAACUUCUGAACAUGGAAUACAACUUCAAGGAAUGCAGCAAAAAAAUCUGCAUUGUGGAAAACUUGUUUCAGUCUCUGUUCCAAAUUUUUAUUUUGUUCGGAAAUCUGGAUGGGAUGAGGAAGACAAUCGAGAUGAGAGAACUAUUGGAAAAACUCUCGUGGCUAAAUGUCUUCGAGAGUUUUUAGGAAACGAAAAUUGUGACGAAUCAACUAGAAAAGCCAUGAUGGAUUUCUCAUUUUACCUGACGAUUGGUAGCAUGGACGCUGCAUUUAAAGCAAUUCAAUUCAUAAAAAGCGAUAGUGUAUGGGAUCAUAUGGCAUCAAUGAGUAUUAAAACACGUCGACUAGAUGUUGCAAUGGUUUGUCUGGGACAUAUGAAAAAUGUGAGAGGAGCCCGGGCGGUGCGGAGAUCUCAACAAAAUGGGGAGAAUGAUUCAAUGAAGUGUGCAGCUUUGGCAAUUGAAUUGAGUAUGCUGGAGGAAGCAUUGAUUAUCUAUGCACAAAAUGAAAGAUAUGAUUUGAUGAACAAGCUUUAUCAGUCUCAAAAUAUGUGGUCAUCAGCUUUUGAAAUUGCUGAAACAAAGGAUCGUAUUCAUUUGAGAAAUACUCAUUACAACUAUGCAAAGUAUUUGGAAGCAAGAAGAGAUCAAGCAAGUAUUGAAGCUGCUAUUGAGAAUUACGAAAAAGCAGGAGUUCAUGCUUUUGAAGUUUUCCGAAUGCUCAAAGACUAUCCAAAACAAAUAGAACAAUAUGUUCGUAGAAAACGUGAAGAAUCAUUGUAUAGUUGGUGGGGAGCCUACUUGGAAAGUGUUGGAGAAUUGGAGGGUGCAAUAAGCUUCUACUCUUCUGCAAAAGAUUAUUACUGCAUGGUUCGUGUAAAGUGUAUUCAAGGCAAAACCGAUGAGGCUGCUCGGCUUGCCGAAGAAUCAAAAGAUAAAGCAGCGUGUUAUCUAAUUGGAAGAAUGUAUGAAAAUGAUGGUGACGUAGUGAAAGCUGUGAAAUUCUUCACAAAGGCACGAGCGCUGUCAUCUGCAAUACGUCUCGCAAAAGAGCAUGACAUGAAAGAUAGGCUUGCUAAUUUAUGCUUGAUGGCGGGUGGAUCUGAACUUGUAAGCGCUGCAAGAUACUACGAAGAUCUUCCUGGAUAUGCACACAAAGCUGUAAUGCUGUAUCAUAAAGCUGGAAUGAUUGGAAGAGCUCUUGAUUUGGCAUUUCGUACUGAACAGUUCAGCGCUCUGGAUUUAAUUACCAAGGAUUUGGAUGCAGGAACAGAUCCAAAAAUAUUGAGAAGAGCUGCUGAAUUCUUUGAAAAUAAUCAAAACUACGAGAAGGCAGUUAACUUUUUGUGCCUAGCAAAAGAGUUUUCUGGAGCCGUACAAUUAUGCAAAAAUAGGAAUGUGAGAGUCAGUGAUAAAUUUGCAGAACUUAUGACUCCAACAAAAGAUGACAUGCCAAAUGUACAAGAAAGAAAACAAGUUCUUGAAACAGUGGCGGAGCUUUGUCUUCAACAAGGUGCCUACUCAGCAGCAGCAAAGAAGUUUACACAAGCAGGAGACAAACUAUCUGCAAUGAGAGCUCUUCUCAAAUCCGGAGACAUUCAAAAAAUUCGAUUUUUUGCAAACACUGCUCGAAACAAGGAGAUCUACAUUCUGGCAGCCAAUUUCUUACAAACGACUGAUUGGCAAGAUAAUCAGCAGACAAUGAAAGAUAUCGAAACAUUUUAUACAAAAUCACAAUCUUUUGAACAUCUUGGAAAUUUCUACAAAUCAGUUGCAAUUAUUGAAGCCGAACAUUUGAGAACUCUUGAUAAAUCGAUGGGAGCUUUGGAAAUGGCGGCAGUUUGUGUUCUGGAAGCAGAACAAAAAAAUAUGUCCACGACUGGACUUGAUGCAUUGAAAGAGGAUUUGAAAAAAUAUGUAGUUCAACUGAGGAAACUGCAGAGUGUUUUAGAAGUAAUGAAAAACGAUGCAGCGGAUGGAAUGCGUCAAUUAACAACUCUUGCAGAAGAAUCAAUUGAUGAUGAUAUUGUCCCGUGUACACGACUUUUUGCUCUUAUAAUUGAAGAUCAUGCCUCUCGGAAGAAUUGGAAACCUGCGUACAGAGCAAUUACAGGAUUACAAAAGAAAGUACCAAAUGUUGAUUUGGAAACUUUCGUAGAGACAUCCACAUUGGAUAAAGUAUGUGAUGAAAUGAGAAUGGAAAGAGUGACAAAGAAAAAGAAAGAAGAAGUUGAAUCUGAUGGUGAAGAAGUCGAUUUUUCACAUUCUUUACGGAGACAAAAUGUUUCGUAAUAUUGUAAUAUUAAUAUUUUUAUUGAACAAUGAAAAUAAUCUGAUAUGGAA